AUGUCAAAUAUUGGAUCGGCGUUGCAAGGACGCACAAGGGUCCCCUCUCGCUUAGGCACGCAGCUGGAUGUGUCCAAAGCCACGGAUAUGUUUAAUGUAUUCACCGAGGAUCUCGCGCAGGAAACAUCUUUCGGUUUCUCUACAGAGGGGAAAGUCUGGGAUCUUCAAGAAACGGACGAGGUGGACGAAGAGGAGGUGCUCGAGCUUCUCGAAAUGCAACAUCCAGUCUCAGAUUCGUCGCUGGCAUAG